AUGGAUUUAAACGUUUUAGUUACAUUGGCUGCCAUGUUUAAUAUGGUUGCUGAUGUAUUAUGUAUAGUUAUGACUAAAAGCUGGCUUUUAGAGUCAGGAAUUUAUUUCCUUACAAGAUUUCCAGAAUAUCUUCCAUUAUUCGAUUUAGUUUUAUUCUCUUUAAUAUUAUUACUUCACAAAUUAGCAUAUUUUACCGAAAAUAAACAAAUUGCAGACGCAUACGUUUUCUUAUGCAUUGUUUUGACAUUUAUCAACGGAUAUUACGCAGUUAACUGGGUAUUAGAUCCAAAGGCAUUCUUUUCAAACUUACUCCCGCAAUGGAGUAUCAUGAUUAACUCACCAAAACUUCGCUACGUUGAAAAUAAAUUCAGAUGUUGCGGUCUUAACAAAAUUGGAGAAAAUCCUAACGAUAGAUGUACAGAAAGCAAGUCAAAAAGCUGCGCUAAAAUACUUUGCACGCAUUAUCAAAGCAAUAUGAGAGGAUCCGGCGUUUUUGCGUUCACAUCUUCAGCAUCAGCAUUGUUUAUUAUAUUAAUAUACGUAUUCCUUCAAAAGAAGAAGAAAGCAAGGAAUUUACAUCGUGGUCAACCAGUUGACGAUUUCUAA